UCCUGUGGCUCAAAUACUGAUACAAAUAAGACAUGUUCUGCCCAUGUCAUCCUUCCACAUUUCUUGAGUCAUCAGCAAGUUGUUAGCUAGUCUAUUAGCCUAUUAUGUUCCCUUGGCAUUUGAGGACUCGGUUUACGAGCUAAUGAUGGCCAUGGGGCCUUCAAAAAGAGUAAAGCUGAAAAUCAAAGCAAAAACAAGCUCCUGCAGCUCCUAGGAAGGAGGACUACCUUUUCUUUUAAUGUUGAGAAGUAAGAAUCAUACAGAUUUUGAGUCCUAUAUGUUCCAGUGAUUGCUCCUGAACUUUAGUUUCUGCUUUCUAGAGCUGAAGAAUAGAUUCCUGCAAAGAUUUCUUGGAUCCUUCUAAACCUUGUACAUUGUCUCCUGUCUUGCCAAAAUGGUGGUAUUUUAUCAUUCUGCCUCUCUUCAACUACCACGGGAAAUAAAACCUCACCAUCAGAGAUAUUCUUGACUUUUAGCUGAAUUACUUUCUAGAUUAAUCGUUUAUCAAUUUCUGAUCAAUCCAUAUAAAAUAAAUCACAUAGAGAUACUGUGUCAUGGAAGAUAACCAGGAGGGCCUACACAAAGGUAGGCUACUUCAAUAAUAAAACCUAAGCAUAGCGCGCUUCCAUCCUUUUCCUUGAGAAGGAAGGGGGACAAAGAAGAGUAAAAAAGCUUGUUCUGGUAGGUUUUAUCUAUCAUCGCCUUUCUUUUUUUAAGUGAACCACCGCCAGCAUCUUUAAUGUGCUUCGUUUUUUACCUGUUCACAUUGCUUAACAAGCAAAGAAUAACUAAUGCAAUUCAGUGCCCUCAAGACCUCUGGAAAAGCUCGUAGAGUUCAACGUUAGGAGAAUCUUAAUUGAAACCUGGUUUGACCAUGCGAUUCCACCAUCCCACUCUGGGGCUUACACUUGUGCAAUGGAGAAUGGAAGAGGAAGUCCACAGAUGGGCAGUUGGGAGUUUGCAAUCAGUCAUAUCUCAAUUGCUUCUCCUUGGGCCAUGCCUAACCAGUCUACGUGUAAAACAUGCCAAUGGCUUGAUGAAACCUAGCGACGUAUGCCACAGCAGGAAAAUGGGAUUCUACCAGGAUUUCACGGGUCAGUGAUGUACAAUGAAUAAGGCAAAAAAGAAUAAAAGAGGAGAGUUAAAUUUGACCUGAGAAUUUAAUGUUGCACCUAACAUAGCUUCCUAGGGGCAACUAUAAAUCAUGCCAGCAAACCAAGGAAAUCUCCUCACCUACACUGCAAACUAAAAAAGAGGGCAAAUACAACAAAUCACAAUUUCUGAUUUAACAAAAAGUCAGAAAUACCCUGUAUAGGAUACAAUGGUCUGCAUGCCAGAAGUGCCAUUUCUAAGCAUAAUAAGGGGUAUUCUCUUGAGUAUCUCUCUUCAGGCUUAGGUGAGAACUCCUUGCUUCAAAAGCAAGACAAAUAAAUAAAAGGGGAAAGGUCUAGCUAUUGAAUGCGAUUCCAAUCUCCUGUUAUUGCUCCGAUGAAAGCAGAACAAGAGAGGAAAAUGCGAAAAGAAGAGGAUGAAUCAUUGAUCAUCUACCUCAAGAAAGAAGUCGAAGCGGCUCUGCUAAGGACUGAUUCACUGGAGAAAGAAAAUCAGGAUUUACGACAAGAAGUAGUUCGUCUAAAAGCACAAAUAAGUUCACUCAAAGCACACGACAAUGAGAGGAAAUCCAUGCUUUGGAAGAAAUUACAGAAUCCCUUUGACAGCAGCAAAACUGAAGUAUUUCAGCAGAAACAAUCAGAUUUUGUCAAAGUCUCAGAAAGGAGUGUGGAACAUUCAAGUCCAAGACCGAGUAUACAAGAACUAGCUGCGAGAAAAGAGAAGCUGGCAAAAGUACCAAAUCCACCACCAAGGCCUACUUCUGUAGCCCCUCCAUCACUCAAGGAAGCGAAGGACAAUAAGUUGCCACCAGCAUCUGCACCACCGCCUCCACCUCCCCCACCAAAUAUGUGUGCUGGGUCAAAAGCAGUGCGCCGUGUGCCAGAAGUUGUGGAGUUCUAUCGUUUGCUUACAAGGAGAGAUGCCCACAUGGAGAACAGAACCAACUCAGCUGCUAUUCCUGUACUCGCAUUUACUCCUAACAUGAUAGGAGAAAUUGAGAAUCGCUCCAGUUAUCUUUCUGCUAUAAAAUCGGAUGUGGAAAAACAGAAGGAAUUUAUCAAUUUCCUAAUCAAAGAAGUGGAGUCUUCAGCCUUCAAAGACAUAUCUGAUGUGAAGGCAUUUGUGAAAUGGCUAGAUGAUGAAUUAUCAUCUUUGGUUGACGAGAGGGCAGUGUUGAAGCAUUUCCCACAAUGGCCAGAACGAAAAGCAGAUGCUUUGCGAGAAGCUGCUUUCAACUACCGAGACCUAAUGAACCUCGAGUCUGAAGUUUCAUCAUUCCAGGACAAUCCAAAAGAUCUUUUGACCCUAGCCCUGGGAAGAAUGCAAGCAUUGCAAGACAGGUUGGAGCGAAGUAUUGACAAUAUGGAAAGGACGAGAGAGAGCAUGAUCAAGAGAUACAGGGAUUUUCAGAUCCCAUGGGAAUGGUUGCUGAACACGGGGUUGAUCGGUCAGAUGAAAUUAAGUUCUUUGAGGCUAGCCAAGAUUUAUUUGAAAAGGAUAACUAAAGAACUGCAGCUUAAUGAAUGCGCGGGAGAAGAUAAUCUCUUGCUUCAAGGAGCUAGAUUUGCCUAUCGUGUACACCAGUUCGCAGGUGGUUUUGAUGCAGAGACCAUACGUGCGUUUCAAGAGCUAAAGAAGAUUGGAAUGUGUAGUCUCAAACAAUAGUGUGUUAAGGUUAUCCAAUUUGUUUAGACAUGUAUCUGAAUGAUAUAUUAUUGAGUGCCAGAGUGGUGUAUUAGAAGGCCACUAGCAUGAAGUGUAUCAAUUAGUGCUAUAGAAGUAUUAGCCAGUGCCUCCUGAAAUUCAAUAGAAUGGGAGAGUUCCAUAAAUUAUGAAUUCAUUUUCUCUAGCUCUAAUGGAUAAGACACACUAAGCAUUGGUUUCUGAACAA